CACCACACACGUCGUCGCGUACGCACGAUCGAUCUUCUUCUGACACUCGCCGUUGCCAGAUACAUGGAGGGAAGGAGGCGUCGGUCGCCGUGCCACGGAAGCCGCCGGCGGCGGCUUGGGGAGAUGGCUUUGGGGCGGAAAGUUCGCGAGCUCCGGCGGCUGGUGCCCGGCGCCGCGGCGAUGCCUGCCGAGCGCCUGCUCCUCCGUACCGCCGACUACAUCGUGCGUCUCCGGGCGAGGGUCGAGCUGCUCAGGGCGCUGUCGGAGCUCAUCGCCGUGACUAACCAUGGCGGGAUUGGUGGCGGCGACGGCCAUCACGACGGUGACACCACUAGCCAUCCCUAGCUAGUGCUGGGCCUCAGCUCCAGCUAUGUGAUUUGUGUGGCCGUACGAGUCGUCUACAGCCGAUGAUACGUGGUAUUUGCUGAGUAUAUAAGCAUGCAUGUCAUGUAUAGAUCGAUCGACCUCUGUUUAUAUGUAUAGCGAGUCGUCCGUAGUCACGUCAUGUGUGUAUCAUUCUUUGCGCUCCCAGCAGUUUUGUUUCCUUUCAUAUUCUCUACCAAAUUUUCUACCAAUUUAAUUGAUACUUUAUGUCACAGUGUAUAUGUUUAUGUGUCAUUUGUUUUUCUUUA